GCCGGGUUCUUGGGACCGGCUGCCUCCGUGGCGCCCCCUUGUGAAGCGCAAGGGCCCGCCCUCCGGAAGAAUGAGACAGUUUCGGUGGAACUCCGGGUGUGUGUUUGACGCCCAGCUGUCGGGAGAAAAUUGCCAUGACUGUUAACAACCUUUGUGCGAUCCACCCUGCCACAGCAUAUCGUCCCCAAGGUAUAGAAGAUAUGUAGUGGAAUAAGGCCAUGUCAAGAUGGCCGCUGGUAAGCAAGCAUCAAUUACUCAGGAAUGGCUUCAGAACCAACCUGGCAAAGGAGCCUGCCUGGCAACAGGCAGUAAUUGGUUAGGGCAUAAACCGCCCCUUGACUGGAUUGGCUGCCUCAGCUAUAUAAGCUGCUGGACCAACUGAAAUAAAAGAGUCUGCAGGCUGCUUGCCUCUGGCCCACUUUCACCCAACUCCUGGGGUCUGUGUGGUGACUCCGUGCCUCUUGCCCCCACCGUGUUCCUCCUCUCAGAAGGAAUCCACAGAAACAAAGAUUUCCCUUCCCUGCUUCUAGCUGGUGUUGACCACCAGAUUCAUUUGGUGUGAAUUUGGAAGCCAGCAGUGAAUCAGAAGCCAUAUUUUUCACUCCCUGAUGGUGAAGACAUGGCACCAGGCCCCGGUUUCUGGUGACAGCCCCAGGGAUCAUCAGGCCUGGAGGAAAUGUGACUAUUGGAGUGGAGCUUCUGGAACACAGUCCCUCACAGGUCACUGUGAAGGCGGAGCUGUUCAAGAUGGCAUCAAACCUGAACGUGUCUGUCCUGGAAGCAGAAGGGGUCUUCGACAAAGGCUCUUUCAGGACACUUACUCUUCCAUCACUACCCUUGAACAGUGCAGAUGAGAUGUAUGAGCUACGUGUAACUGGACAUGCCCAGGAUGAGAUUUUAUUCUCUAAUAGUACCCGCUUAUCAUUUGAGACCAAGAGAAUAUCUGUCUUCAUUCAAACAGACAAGGCCCUGUACAAGCCAGCACAAGAAGUGAAGUUUCGGGUUGUUACACUCUUCUCAGAUUUCAAGCCUUACAAAACUUCUCUAAACAUUCUACUUAAGGACCCGAAGUCCAAUUUGAUCCAACAGUGGUUGUCACAGCAAAAUGAUCUUGGAGUUGUUUCUAAAACUUUCCAGUUAUCUUCCCAUCCAAUAGUUGGUGAUUGGUCCAUUCAAGUUCAAGUGAAUGACCAGACAUAUUAUCAGUCAUUUCAUGUUUCAGAAUAUGUGUUGCCAAAAUUUGAAGUUGUUUUGCAGACACCAUUAUAUUGUUCUUUGAAUUCAAAGAAUUUAAAUGGUUCUAUUACAGCUAAGUAUACAUAUGGGAAACCAGUGAAAGGAGAUGUAGUGCUUACAUUUUUACCUUUAUCGUUUUGGGGGCAGAAGAAGAAUAUUACAAAAAACUUUAAGAUAAAUGGAUCUGCAAACUUCUCUUUUAAUGAUGAAGAGAUGAAAAAGGUAAUGGAAUUUUCAAAUGGGCAUUCUGAACACAUGGAUGUAUCCUCCCCUGGGCCAGUUGAAAUUUUAGCCACAGUGACAGAAUCACUUACAGGGAUCUCAAGAAAUGCAAGCUCCAAUGUGUUUUUCAAACAGCAUGAUUAUAUCAUCGAAUUUUUUGAUUAUGCUGCUGUCUUGAAGCCGUCUCUCAACUUCACAGCUACUGUGAAGGUUGCCCGUUCUGAUGGCCAUCAGCUAACUCCUGAAGAGAGAAGCAAUGAUGUCGUCAUAGCAGUGCUGCAGAGAAACAGCACCAACCUCUGGACCCGGUGGAGCAGCAGAAAUGAGGAAACAGCAGCCGUCCAGAACAUCAGCUAUACUCUCCCCCCAAGUGGGAUCUUUAAGAUUGAAUUCCCAAUCCUGGACAGUUCCGCUGAGCUACAAUUGAAGGCCUAUUUUCUUGACAGUGUAAGUAGCAUGGCAGUCCAUGGUAUGUUUACAUCUCCUAGUAAGACAUACAUCCAGCUCAAAACAAGAGAUGAAAGUGUCAAGGUGGGGUCACCGUUUGAGUUGGUGGUUACUAGCAACAAGCCCUUGAAGGAGUUAAGCUAUAUGGUAGUAUCCAGGGGACAGUUAGUGGCUGUAGGCAAACAAAAUUCAACAAUCUUCUCUUUAACACCAGAAAGUUCUUGGGCUCCAAAAGCUUGUAUAAUUGUGUAUUAUAUUAAAGAUGAUGGGGAAAUUAUAAAUGAUGUUCUCAAAAUUCCUGUUCAACUUGUUUUUAAAAAUGAGAUAAAGCUGUUUUGGAGUAAAGCUAGUGCUAAACCAUCUGAGAAAGUGUCUCUUAAGGUCUCUGUGACACAGCCCGACUCCAUAAUUGGCAUUACAGCUGUUGAUAAAAGUGUGAAUCUGAUGAAUGCCUCAAAUGAUAUUUCAAUGGAAAAUGUGGUCCAAGAACUGGAACUUUAUAAUACAGGAUAUUAUUUAGGCAUGUUCAUGAAUUCUUUUGCAGUCUUUCAGGAAUGUGGCCUUUGGGUGUUGACGGAUGCAACCCUUACAAAGGAUUAUAUUGAUGGUGUUUAUGAUACUUUGGAGUAUGCUGAGAGGUUUGUGGAGGAAAAUGAUGGGAACAUUGUAGACAUUCACGACUUUUCUUCGGUUGAUUACCCACAUGUCAGGAAGCAUUUUCCAGAGACUUGGAUUUGGAUAGACACUCAUAUGGGAUCCAAGACUGACCAAGAAUUUGAAGUUACUGUACCUGAUUCCAUCACUUCUUGGGUUGCAAAUGCCUUUGUCAUCUCUGAAGACUUAGGUCUUGGACUAACAACUGCUCCAGUGGAGCUACAAGCCUUCCAGCCAUUUUUCAUUUUUUUGAAUCUUCCCUACUCUGUUAUCAGAGGUGAAGAAUUUGCUUUGGAAGUAACCAUAUUCAGUUAUUUGAAAGAUGCUAUUGAGGUUAAGGUUAUAAUUGAGAAAAGUGACAAAUUUGAUAUUCUAAUGACUUCAAGUGAAAUAAAUGCCACGGGACACCAGCAAACCAUUUUGGUCCCCAGUGAGGAUGGGGCGACUGUUGUUUUCCCUGUCAGGCCAACACAGCUGGGAGAAAUUCCUAUCACAGUAAUAGCUGUUUCACCCAGUGCUUCUGAUGCCAUCACCCAGAGGAUUUUGGUAAAGGCUGAAGGAAUAGAAAAAUCGUAUUCGCAAUCCAUCUUAAUGGACUUGACUGACCCAAAACUACGAAGUACCACAAGAACUUGGAGUUUCUCAUUUCCUCCCGACACAGUCAGUGGCAGUGAAAGGGUUCAGAUCAAUGUAGUUGGAGACAUUCUUGGUCCAUCCAUCAGUGGCUUAGCCUCACUGAUUCAGAUGCCUUCUGGCUGUGGUGAACAGAACAUGAUAAAUUUUGCUCCAAAUAUUUAUGUUUUGGAUUAUCUAAUGAAAAAGAGACAACUGACAGAUAAUUUAAGAGAAAAAGCCCUUGCCUUCAUGAGACAAGGUUACCAGAGAGAACUUCUCUACCAAAGAGAAGAUGGCUCUUUUAGUGCUUUUGGGAAUGUUGAUCCUUCUGGGAGCACUUGGUUGUCAGCUUUUGUUUUAAGAUGUUUUCUCGAAGCUGAUCCAUAUAUAGAUAUCGAUCAGAAUGUGUUACACAGAACAUAUACUUGGCUCAAAGGACAUCAGACACGCAAUGGUGAAUUUUGGGAGCCAGGAAGAGUGAUCCAUAGUGAGCUUCAAGGUGGCAAUAACAGUCCUGUGACUCUCACAGCCUAUAUUGUGACAUCUCUCCUGGGAUAUAAAAAAUAUCAGCCUAAUAUUGAUGUGCAAGACUCUGUCAGCUUUCUGGAGUCACAGCUCGACAGGGAAAUUUCAGACAAUUAUACCCUGUCUCUUAUAACCUACGCCUUGUCAUCAGUGGGUAGUCCUAGAGCGAAGGAAGCUUUGAAUGUGCUGACCCAGAGAGCAGAACAAGAAGAAGGCAUGCGGUUCUGGGUGUCCUCAGUGUCCAAACUCUCUGAGUCCUGGCAGCCACGCUCCCUGGACAUUGAAGUCGCAGCCUAUGCGCUCCUCUCACACUUCCUGCAACACCAAGUGGCUGAGGGCAUCCCAGUUAUGAGGUGGCUAAGCAGGCAGAGAAAUAGCCUGGGAGGUUUUGCAUCUACCCAGGAUACCAUUGUGGCCUUGAAGGCCCUGUCUGAAUUUGCAGCCCUGAUGAAUACAGAAAGAACCGAUAUCCACGUGACCGUGAUGGGGCCCAGCUCACCGAGUCCUACCAAGUUUCUCAUUGAGACGCACAGCCGCCUGCUCCUUCAGUCAGCAGAGGUUCCUGUGGAACAGCCAACUACAGUUAAUAUUUCUGCAAAUGGUUUUGGAUUUGCUAUUUGUCAGUUCAAUGUUAUUUAUAAUGUGAAAGAGUCAGGAUCUGCUAGAAGACGAAGAUCUAUUCAAAAUGAAGAAGCCUUUGAUUUAGAUGUUGAUGUAAAAGACAAUAAAGAUGAUAUCAAUCGUGUGAAUUUAAAUGUGUGCACAAGGUUUUUGGGUCCAGAUAGGAGUGGCAUGGCCCUUAUGGAAGUGAACCUACUCAGUGGCUUCACUGUGCCUUCAGAUGCAGUUCCUCUGAGUGAGACAGUGAAGAAAGUGGAACAUGAUCAUGGAAAACUCAGCCUCUAUUUAGAUUCUGUAAAUGAAACCCAGUUUUGUGUUGAUAUUCCUGCUGUGAGAAACUUUAAAGUGUCAAAUACUCAAGAUGCUUUGGUGUCCAUCGUGGAUUACUAUGAACCGAGGAGACAGGCGGUGAGAAGCUACAACUCCAAAGCGAAGCUGUCCUCCUGUGACCUCUGCGGAGGCAUCCAGGGCUGCGGGCCUUGUGAGGAUGGUGCUGCGACCUGCCUUCAUCACUCUUCGCUCGUCUUCGUUUUCUGUGUGGUGCUUCUCUGCUCUUUGCAGUAUUGGCUGUGAUGAGUGUUUGAAGGACUCCAGAAAACACAGACAUUUCCAGAAGACACACGUGAUUGUUUUGUUUUCGUAAUUGAAUAUUGCCUCUGACUAUUUUGAGAAACAUUUUUUUUUCUUUCUUUCUGUGGGGCUUGGGGACAUGGUGUCUAACAGGUUCCAGUAUGUAUAGCUGUGUAGAUUUCUGUGUGUGGAAGACCAGAAUGCCUACAGCUCUAUAUCUUUAUUUCCCCCACAACUCUUGAAAGUUCUCAGGAUUUUGGGGAAAGUGUUUGUUUUCUCCAGAAUAAAAGUGUCAUUUUUA